UGAUUCUCAGCUCGGUGCCGAAGCAACACUCGUUCCUACGGUAGCGGCUGCGAAGCGCGUGCCCCGAUAUCCUCUGCCUCCGCAUCCGUUCCAUCCAUCACUCACCGCCGCGAGGACUUCACUACAUAGCGACUCGGCCGCAGCAGCAGUAGCAGCAGCAGCAGCAGCAGCAGGAGGAGGAGGAGGAGAAGAAUCAAGCCGCCGACGACUACAAACGACGACAGCGAUGGCAGCGCCGCACUACGAGAGCCAGCUGUCGCCGCACGUGAACACGAUAGUCGAGGGCAGUGCGACGCGCUUCACGGCCAAGCUGAAGGGCGAUCCGCGGCCGGACAUCGUCGUCUACCACGACAAGCAGCGCAUCGAGCACAGCCGCAAGUGUCAGGUCAAGCAUGCCGACGACGGCACUGUGACGAUCACGAUUCCCGAGUGCACGCGCGACUUCGACGGCACGUAUAAGAUCGUCGCGACGAACGCGCACGGCGAGCGCAGCACCGACGCAGAGCUGCUCAUAGAGUUCGACCCGACCGUCUAGAUGGCGCCACCGUCGCCCCCCGCUAAUCAAUCUUUUCCGCUCCUCCCGAGUGACGUCACGCGACGAGGUCAUCGCGCAUGCGCUCCUCCGUCGAAUCUACGCCAUGAUUGAUUCGCGCGACUUCGGAAAAAAUUUCGAAUUGGAAACUAGAAGUAUUAGAUUUGUUUUCGUGAGCACGGUAACAAGGGUAUGCUUAAUUAUUCAUGACUGAUUAAUUACUAAGAUGUCUUUAAUGCCUUACUCCUGAUGUAUUGUAUUAUCGAGUAAUUUUACACCGGUCGCCAUUUUGCAUCUCCACGAUUCUUAAACCUGGACAACAAUGCCUAUAUGGAUAUGCUUUUGUACUUCUAAUGCAUUAUCACGAUAAGUGCAAGUGCAUGCUUGCAUAUCAGAUUGCUAUAUGUGAUGUUAUCAAGCAAUAUACAAUUUUUUUGUAAUGUUUCGAAGAAAUUAGCAUGUUCUAUAAAUUUGCGUCGGAUUACGUUCGAA